AAUUUUUUAGUUUUCAUGAUUGAAUAAUCACAACCCAACAAGGAGUGAGUAAUAAAGAGUAGGACAUAAUUGGAUGGCAUCCCUUGUUAUUUAUAGUCAUAACCUUCGAUCACCCUUGUCAAUUUCAUCGGUAAUUAGAAGUCACCACCCUUCAACUCCAAGAUUCCUGCUUCCUCACAGCAUAGCUGUCUCCUCACGAACUCGGAACCUCGGAAGCACCGUGAGGAUGGCGAAUUCGUCUUCAACCCAUCAAACCCAAGAUAUAGUGGUUCAGCAGCAGAGAAUCGUAAUACAGAACGACCAUGGCGAAAAGCUUGUGGGGGUUUUACAUGAAACAGGUUCAUUGGAGCUUGUAGUCUUGUGCCAUGGAUUUCGAUCUUCAAAGGAAAACAACACUAUGCUGAACAUUGCUGCUGCUUUAGAGAAAGAAAGAAUCAGUGCUUUUCGCUUUGACUUUGCAGGGAAUGGGGAAAGUGAAGGUUCUUUUCAGUAUGGUAAUUAUUGGAGGGAGGCUGAUGAUUUACGUUCUGUAAUCAAGCACUUUUCUGGGGCUAAACGUGUAAUAACUGCAAUUCUUGGUCAUAGUAAAGGGGGAAAUGUGGUUCUCUUGUAUGCUUCUAGGUACCCUGAUGUACAUACUGUUAUCAAUGUUUCUGGCCGCUUUAAUCUGGAGAGAGGCAUUGAAGGUCGCUUGGGUAAAGAUUUUUUGCAAAGAAUCAAGAAAGAUGGAUUUAUUGAUGUUAAGGAUAAAACAGGCAAAGCUGAGUAUCGUGUGACCGAGGAAAGUUUGUUGGAUCGCCUAAAUGCUGACAUGGCUGUAGCAUGUCAUUUGAUUGAAAAGGAAUGCAGGGUCUUGACAGUUCAUGGUUCUCAAGAUGAAAUUGUGCCAGCUGAAGAUGCAUUGGAAUUUGCCAAGAUCAUACGCAACCACAAGAUCCACAUAAUAGAAGGGGCUGAUCAUGGAUAUACCUCACAUCAAGCUGAAUUAAUUUCAGUGGUGUUAGACUUCACAAGGGCAGGCCUGCAGCAAGACAAGGAUAUUCGUAACCAGGUGGAAGUUGCUAAUGCACCUGCAGACAAUUGAGACUUCUACUGGACUCAGUGAGCCAUGGUGCUGAUCUACUAAUUGAAUAAGUGUGAUAUCUCCACCUUGUUGGGACAGGAUUUUGAGGCUUGGAAUAAUUAAAGAAACCAAAAAAAAAAAAAAAAAAAACAGCUUAGGAGAUAGUGUAUAUUGGGACUAUUAUCUAUAGAAUGAGCUUGUGAAGAAAUUUGGCCUUCUCAGUUUUCAGUUUUGAUUAUUAUCUUCAUGACUUCAUCAGCUUGUCUUGAGUAGUGCACCUACUUUAUUUUUCUGUAAUAACUACUACUAAAUAUAUUGGGCUUAUAUUACCAAACAUUCUGCACUCAU